UUUUGCAACCAUGUGAAUAUCCAGAACAUGAGCUGAGAAUAUUCACUACACAAGGAAUUGAGGAAUUCAAAACUAGAUUUGGAAACCUUGACGUGAUAGAAUUAUCAAGCACAGAUAACAUGAUGAAAGAAUUUGUCGACCACUUCAUUUGGUGUUUUGAGAUUUGUUUUGGGAAACAAAAAGUUAGGCCUAAACGAAACCGUCUCAAGGUCCCAAAAAUACCGUUCUCUGAGGAACUAUCAUUUGAGCUAGAAAACUUAAAAUCGCUCAAUUGGUUAAGAAAUUGCUUUCCUGGGAGCAAUAUCUUGAGUGAAGCAUAUGAACAGAACAAGAAAAUAGUCGAUAAAAAAAUUCAAGAAGAAAAGCAAAUAUACACAGCACAAAAGAUUAUAAACUCUAAUAACAAAACUAAAACUCUGUGGAAAAUGGUAAACAUCACACUCGGUAGAGAACAACGAAUGCAUGAGAAAAUCUCCCUUACAUUCAACAAUGAAAUAACCUCAGAUGAUAAACAAAUAUCAGAUAUUUUUGCAGCUCAUUUUUCUAAUUCCUUGAAAAACCAAAUCGAUGGCAUGAACCUACCAAAAAACUCAUGUACAACCAACGAUUUCUCACUCUCACACUCUAU